AUGAAGACAACAUUGAACAAAGAAUUUGCUUACGCUAUGACUCCGUUGAAAUUCCUGUCGUGGCCCGUAGGAACUUGGCCUUUUCAAGUGUACGAUAUAUUUUCACUCACACGUACCAUAUUUUCAAUAUCACUUAUGUUGCUCAUGAUAAUAAUCGUGCAAAUGGAAGUAUAUUUGGACAGAAGCAACGCGGAAAAUAAUCUAGAUGCUCUUCUAUUAAUUAAUUGCGGCAUUUUAGCAGUGGCAAAGGUGAUGUGUUUUCGUAUACAUUCUGUAGGACUCGUUUCCAAUUUUUCUUCUGCGAUUAAGGAUUAUAACGAAUUAAACAGUGAGGAAAAUCGAGUGAUUGUGCGCCGACACGCUUACAUGGGUAGAGUAGCGUGCGCCAGUUUAAUAUUUUGCUCGUAUGUCGGCUCCACGCUUUUCAUAACUGUGCCUAUGCUUGCUGGGGAUGAUGAAGAAGUGAUUAAUGUAACGGAUGAAAGUGCAAUAAAAUAUCCCAUUCCAUCUAAAAAUAUAUUGGCAAUUAUAAAUAUACCGGAAAAUAUGUAUUUCGUGGUUUUCAUCAUAGAGUACAUAAUGCUGCUACUUACGAGUACUGGAAAUCUAGGUAGUGAUUCGUUGUUUUUUGGUAUUGCUUUUCAUUUGUGCGGUCAAGUGGAAAUUUUGAGAUUAAAAUAUAAUAAAUUAUCCAACGAGAACGAAAGAACAAUGAAACAUAUUAGCUUAUUAACCAGGAGGCACAUUUACUUGUUGAAACUAAGUGACAUGUUGAAUGAAACAAUUAGCUCUAUUUUGGUCAUACAAUUAUUUUCAAGUUGUGUGCUUAUAUGUACAACCGGAUUUGAAUUUAUUCUCGCUUUGAGCAUUGGAAAUGUCAUCAUGACAAUAAGAAUAUGUAUCGCAAUGUGCGUGCUCUUAAUACAAUUAUUCGCAUAUAGUUACGUGGGUGAAUAUUUAAAAACUCAAACUGAAGAUCUUGGCAAUUCGGUGUACUUCUGUACUUGGUACGAUAUGCCAAAAAAUGUGUCACAAAACAUUAUUUUUAUCAUUAUGAAAGCUCAACAUCCUGUUCUCUUGACGGCUGGGAAAUUCUUUAUUGUCAACAUGGAAACGUAUAUGAAUAUUUUAAAAACUUCGAUGUCGUAUCUUUCAGUUCUCCGAGUGAUGACAACAUCGAACAAAGACUUCACUUACGCUAUGAUUCCGUUGAAAUUCUUGUCAUGGCCCGUAGGCACUUGGCCUUUCCAAGUGCACGAAAUAUUUUCAAUCUCACGUACCAUAUUUUCAAUUUCACUUUUGUUAUUGAUGGUAGUGAUUUUACAAGUGGAAUUAUAUUUGGACAGAAGCAACGCAGAAAAUAACCUAGAUGCUCUUCUAUUAAUUAAUUGCGGUAUUUUAGCAGUGGCAAAAGUGAUGUGUUUUCGUAUACGUUCUAUAGGACUCGUUUCCAAUUUUUCUUCUGCGAUUAAGGAUUACAACGAAUUAAACAGUGAAGAAAAUCGAGUGAUUAUGCGCCGGCAUGCAUACAUGGGUAGAAUAGCAUGCGCCAGUUUAAUAUCUUGCUCGUUUAUCGCGUCCACGCUUUUCAUGACUGUGCCUAUGCUUACUGGCAAAGACAAAGAAGAAAUAAUUAAUGUAACGGAAAAAAGUAUAAUAAAAUAUCCUAUUCCAUCUAAAAAUGCAUUGGCGAUUAUAAAUAUGCCGGAAAAUUUGAGUUUCAUGGUUUUCAUCAUAGAAUACAUGAUGCUAUUAUUCACGAGUACUGGGAAUCUAGGUAGCGAUUCAUUGUUUUUCGGUAUUGUUUUUCAUUUGUGUGGUCAAGUGGAGAUUUUAAAAUUAAAAUAUAAUAAAUUGUCCAAUACGAACGAAAGAACAAUGGAACAUAUUAUUUUAUUAACCAAAAGACAUAUUUACUUGUUGAAUCUGAGUAAGAUGCUGAAUGAGACAGUUAGUUCUAUUUUGGUCAUACAACUUUUUUCAAGUUGUGUACUUAUAUGUACAACUGGAUUUCAACUUAUUCUCACUUUGACUUUUGGAAAUGUCGUCUUGACGAUAAAAAUACUUGCAGAGAUAUCCAUUCUUUUGAUACAAUUGUUCGCAUACAGUUACGUAGGUGAAUAUUUAAAGAACCAAACUGAAAGCAUCGGUAAUUCGGUGUACUUCUGUACUUGGUAUGAUAUGCCAAAAAAUAUAUCCAAAGAUAUUAUUUUUAUUAUUAUGAAAUCUCAACGUCCAGUUCUCUUGACAGCUGGGAAAUUCUUUGUUGUCAACAUGCAAACAUAUAUGAGUAUUUUAAAAACUUCGAUGUCGUAUCUUUCAGUUCUCCGAGUGAUGGUAAAUUCUUAAGAUUUUUAUAUUAAAGCAAAUAUUUUAACGAUAUAGAAUAGUAAUAAAAAUUUAUCUUAGUAUA